UGCCAUUUUACCACAAUGCAUGAUGGAGCCGAAGACUCCGUUUUUGGAAUCCCGACAAGACUGCUUAAGGAAAAGAAAGACACUGAUAAAGAUGCAAGUGAAGGGAAGAAGAAAUUGUCCAGCUGGCUGAACAAAAGUAUGAAGGUCAAAAUGACAGAUGGAAGAACUCUUAUUGGUGUGUUCCUGUGCACAGACAGGGAAAGAAAUGUCAUUCUCGGAGGUUGUGAAGAGUACCUUAAACCACUAGAGGGUAAUGAAAAAGAGGAGCCGCGUAUAUUGGGAUUAGCCAUGAUUCCAGGUCACCAUAUUGUCAGCAUCUCGAUUGAUAAGUCACAACUUCAGGACUCAGAAUUUCAGUGAAGGGACAGAGAAAGUUAUCACUGGAGUGGCUCUAUCAAAUGUGGCUUCAUGUCAGUGGAAGAAGGAUCAAUAUAAGAACAUAAGAGCCAAUGUUGUAAUAAUAUCACCAGAAAAGGACUUUGCAGAAAACAAUCCAAACUGCUUCCAUGUUAUGCAAUAUUAGAUUAUCUUAACAUUUAAACAUGUAUUAUUGUUAUACUCUGUUGUUGAUAUUUCAUUGUUAUUGUAAUGAAUUGUAUACAUCCAUAUUUCUAUAAUGAAUUGGACAACAAUAAAACGAUUAAAAGAAACUCUC